AUGGUUCGUAAAAAGAAUAAAAGACAUAUUCAAUCUACACUAUUAGCCAAUGAGACUCAGUCUAGAAGUCUUACAAUAAUAGAUACAAAAUUACAAAAACUUGUAGAAAAAGCAUAUCACUUCUUAAUGAGAGAACUCUUUAGUAUAAAGGCAUUUUGUGAUGCAUCCAGUCAAGUUGGACUCUUCUCUGAAGCAAAAUACUAUAGAAAUAAAAUAGAUAAUCACAUAACCGAUUUUAUCAUUCAAAUAGGAAAAGGUAAAAAAGGAUGGUUAAGCUGUGGAUCAGUUGCGAUAUUACAUCAAGUGACAAUUACAGAAAGAGUGGUGGAUCUGCUUAAUAGUGCUGAAAAUAAAGGUUCUGAAAUACAUAGACAAAUAAUCAUUUUCUAA